UUGAUAAAAUUGUAAAAACCGCGUCGAAUUAUUGUAUAUACAAACAAAUAAAUACUUUCUUUACACAGGUGCCAAACUUGCUUUGCUUCUUUGUAACUCUAAUCAGACAAUUAAAAAAUGCAUUAGAUUCCUUUAGAUAUGGAGGACACAGAGCUGGAUUCCUCGGAACUUGGCACUCGGGAAUACUGGGAGAAAGCUUAUAAAACUGAGAUAUCCAAUUUUGAUGAUCACGGUGAUUCUGGCGAUGUGUGGUUCGGCGAAGACAGUGCACACAGGGUAAUAGAUUGGAUAUGUAAAUGUGGAGUUGCGAGGGACACUCCUACUGUUGAUUUAGGCUGUGGUAACGGUUACACGUUGACAGAAUUGGCGCGAGAAGGCUUCACUAAUCUGCUGGGUGUGGACUACUGUCAGGAAGCUAUCACAUUAGCUGAGAAAGUGUCAAAGAAAGAGUUUCCUAUUAUUAAGUACAAAAUUUUCGAUAUAACAAAAGAUGAUGUAGCACACCUAGGUAGCAAAUUUGGUGUGGUCCAUGACAAAGGCACUUAUGACGCGAUCUGUUUAAACCCAGUCGACCCCAGGAAACAUAGGGGGAAAUACAUAGACAAAGUGACGGAAAUGAUUGAUAAAAAUGGUUUAUUCGUAAUCACGUCUUGCAACUGGACAGAAGAAGAAUUAAUAAAACACUUCUCAGAGAAAUUGAAACUCAAAUGCAUUAUACCAUCGCCCCAAUUUAAAUUUGGCGGGAAAGUGGGCAGUGUUGUGUCUUCCGUUGUUUUUGAAAAUAAAUAAAUAUUUCUUAUU